AUGGCAAAGCUGUCUUUAUUGCUUUGCGCAAUACUUUGCGCAUUGGUUUGUUUAGUGGUCGGGCAGGUGGUGCAAGAGCACCGGGUCGGCCCGUGGACGCACCGGUUCCAGUGGGAGAAUAACGGACAUGUGUACAGUUUACUGAGUACAGGCAGUGAGUACCACUCACCCGUGCACUCCAGGCGGGAAUCCCGGGUAUUUUUGACUAGCCGAAGUCAGGUGCCUAUUCACAUCACUCCCGGAGCGCGACUACACCCGAACCUUGUGGGACCUGCAGCGAUCCUUGGGCCGGACAACAGACACUUUAUUAUUGCUAACAGCCGCACUACAGAUGCCAGACACACGCGGCUGGUGGCGCCUGUGCGCCAAAGACCUGCGGGGGCACCGGGAGCGCAACGGUACAACCUUGAAUCAGCAUCAAACCAGACAAAUUCAAGAGUUCUGCCUGAAUUCUCGGGAAGCGGCGUCUCUGGAAGAUCCACCCUUAUCACGGAGGAAGACAACACCGUUAACCAAGCAUCUGGGUCUCCCAGUACAGGAAACCAAGAGCUACAACCAGACAGCGCACCUAUUAACUUGGAAAACGUGCAAAGCGUAAAUGCGCAUCAGGAACUUUCGCCUGUUCCGACUGAGGAACAGCCCACAGCCGACAAUAUGAUCGGCGACGACCCUCGAAACCCACUGAAAAACCACAGGAAUAAUAUCUUCUCCAACGCGUAUCCAUCCGGUCGUUCAGGCACCGUUCGAACCCGCCGUCCUCCUCCUGGAACCGGUUAUGGUACCACAUAUUUCCACAACGGUCUACCGGAUCUUGUGCCAGAUCCGUACUCCAUUCAAGCCGGUUCUUACAUCCAGCGCGUCCAGAUGUACGCGCUCCGGUGCGCCGCUGAAGAGAACUGCCUAGCCCGGUCAGCAUAUAGACCAUCAGUAAGGGACCUCGACUACAGGGUUCUGCUACGCUUUCCUCAGAAGGUUCGAAACCUCGGUACAGCUGACUUUCUGCCUGUUAAACCCAGACACCAAUGGGAAUGGCACAGCUGUCAUCAGCAUUAUCACAGCAUGGAUGCCUUCAGCCUUUAUGACUUAUUAGAUGUAAACACUGGCCGCAAAGUGGCAGAGGGCCACAAAGCAAGCUUCUGUCUGGAGGACACUGGCUGUGACCGAGGCUUUCAACGACGCUACGCUUGCACUGCACACACUCAGGGUUUGAGCCCUGGGUGCCAUGAUACCUACGCUGCCAAUAUUGAUUGCCAGUGGAUUGACAUCACAGAUGUUCCACCUGGAAACUACAUACUAAAGGUGACAGUUAACCCAAACUUCUUGGUUCCUGAGUCCGAUUUCUCAAACAACGUGGUACGUUGUGAGGUUUUCUACAGUGGUCAACACAUCCAGACUCAUAACUGCAGGAUAACCAGGUGA